UGCAUGCCAACUUGCAAAUAUUACGUAUACACAUGCGCAUUUAAAUUGGUUGCUAUACAAAACAAAUAUAAAAUGAUAUCCUGCGUUUUAAUAAAUCAAACGGGUAUACACAAUAUUUAAGGUUAGCCGAUAGAAUAAGGAAAAAGUACUUCAAAAGGUGACUGUAUGGACCACUUAAAAGUUAAAGUUACAGGUGUAUGGAUAUUGAUUACAAUUUUUUGUACAUUAUCAGUUGAAGGAGCAACUUAUGGCCAACAUUGUACAACUAGUGCAAAUUGUACAGAAACAGGGAACAUAUGUGGCAGUAACAAGAACUGUAAUUGUUCCAGUACUACAUUUAGAAAAAAUAGUGCCGAAUGUGCUGCAAAAAUUGUAUUAAAUGCAGUAUGUGAAGUUGGAGAAUCGGCUGACCAAUGUGUAGAUUCCCUAGCAGAAUGCCGGAAUGAAACUGGAUACAAAUGCUUAUGCAAAGACAAUAAUUUUGAAAAUAAAACUGGUCUCUGUGCACCACAAAUUGUAUUAAAUGCAAUAUGUGAAGUUGGAGAAUCGGCUGACCAAUGUGUAGAUUCCCUAGCAGAAUGCCGGAAUGAAACUGGAUACAAAUGCUUAUGCAAAGACAAUAAUUUUAAAGAUAAAACUGGUCUCUGUGCACCACAAAUUGUAUUAAAUGCAAUAUGUGAAGGUGGAGAAUCGGCUGACCAAUGUGUAGAUUCCCUAGCUGAAUGCCGGAAUGAAACUGGAUACAAAUGCUUAUGCAAAGACAAUAAUUUUGAAAAUAAAACUGGUCUCUGUACACCACGCAAGAUAUUACAUAAUGCCUCUUGUAUUCAAGAUCGAAAAAAAUGAUACCACCAAUUCAGUAUGUUUUUUUUCAUGGUGGAAAGAAAUUUACAAGAACAUCAUAUAAAAAUAAUAAAUUAUACAUAUUGGUAGAUUUGAUUAAUCAUAGCUUGCUUCACGUCCAGUGGCAAUUAUUUCAAGCAUAUUGAGGACGAAAUAUUAGUGGAAAUACACCCCAUCGGUGUCUUCUUGGUUUGAGGAACACAAAUGUGUAACCCGGUUUAAAAAAAAACUUAUAACAUUUCACAGAUAGUCAUGUUUUUGCUGAAAACGUAAAGCCAAAUAAGAAAACGUUCCACGCAUCCGACCAAAAUAUUAUGCAAUUCGCGUAUGACGUCAUUAAGCAUGAAAACACAAACACUUUUUUAACAACUGUAUACUAUUAACAAUUUAUUUUUUUUAUCUAAAAGUCAAAUAAUUUGUACAUGAACACGACAAAAAUACACAUCAAAAAGUCUGCGUUAAUUUAUGAACACCUACAUUUUUUAUCACGUGACUGUUUUCUAAACAAUGAUUUCUUUUCCUUUCUUAUAAUAGUAUGAUAGAAAUAAAACUUGACAAAUUGAUUUAUGUAAACAAACAAAUCAUUCUAUAUAUAUGUACCAAUGUACAAACAUCUUGAGCAACUUUCAACUCUCGCUAUCACGGGAAACCUGAACAGAUAUGAGGUGUGACAUGUACACAUUUUGGAAGAAAAGACAGUAAUUAGCAAAAUAACGAUUUGAGAUUACCUAUCUCAUUUUCAAGACCAGAUUUCACUUCACUAGUAUCAUUUAAAAAUGUUCAGGAAGUUGAAUGCCCCUUUUUAUUACAACCAGAGGCAUAUAAAAAAGGGUCUGGAUCACGUUGACGACAUUUCUAAUAAAAGGCAUCUAUGAUUCGCGGAUACACUGACGCCAUCAAUCGGUAGGGUUAGUGUGAAAUUAAAAUCACCAAAAAACGAAAAUGACUAUUGAUUAUUUUCAGAGGAAUUCAAAAUCUAGUGUUGAUCACUAAGCCUUAGACAAAUAAAAAAAAUCAAUGGUAUAAUGUUUUCUGUAUACAUUUAGUGGGCUGAAAUUCCACUAUCACCAAAAAUUGCAUACUUUCGCGAUAAUUAUAUCUAAUCUAACUUUCAUGUAAUCAACUAUAACAAUAAAUGCUUUAUCUGUGUGAACAAUUCCUUACCCCCCCCCCCCCC